CGCUGAACCUCGACUUCUCCUCGCGACAUUUUCAAGCACAGUGAUAUUUAUCAGCCCACAACUCCUUUCAACUAUUUGAAUAUCCAAUCACAGCCGACCCAGUCAUGCCCUCCUCGGUGACGCGACCGAGCAAGAUUUUCAAACCAGAACGCGAUGUCGCGAGCAGGGACAAAACGCCCAUUGGAGGCCUUCCAGAGUUCAUCAUCAGAUCUCCAAAAUGGUCACGAUAGCUCCCCCGGAAUGAGAGAUCCAAAGGUGUCAAAAACGGUGACUGCAUGUACAGAAUGCCAAAAAAGAAAGAUCAAAUGUGACCUUGGGCCAAGAGGAGAUAUCUGUACUCGAUGUGCGAAGAAAGGUCUCCAGUGUGUCUUGAAUAAGAACCUUCAGUCUCUUCUUAAGGAUGAAGCUCAAUGGAAGAGAGAUAUUGAGAACGAUGCCUCAACAACUCGAGAAGCUGUCUCAGAAAUUCUCAAAGUUCUCAAUCUCCCCGCGAUGGAGACCUUCAAUCGUCCAUCCCGCCAGAGUUUUCCCGCCUCACCAAGAGAUAAACGGCCAGCACCACCCAUUGUCCGAUUUGCUUCGGAAGUAGAAAGUGCUUCAAAUGCUAUGCCCAGCCGACGAGUUCCAGCCGCGAUGGCAAUGACUCGUGAAAACUCCCAAGAACCUGAACAGGAUGAGGCGCACUCGAGCACGAUUGUCACAGACCCAAUGGGAAGUCUUUAUGAAGUCACCAAACUCCGGAAUUUGAGGAGCAGACCUCAGAGCAGACUCCGUCAGCGAUAUACCCCCGGUGAAGGUGACUUCAUAUCGUCAGGGAAGGUGUCCCUUGAAGAUGCAGAGCAGCUCUUCGAGUAUUUUUCAAAGUAUCUCAAUGCCUACCUCUGGGGUGGCAUUGCACUGGUUCAUCCUGGACUGAUGGAAGUACGCUGUUCUUCCUCGCUGCUGCUAGCAGCCAUCUUAACAGUAUCUGCCCUCCAUGUUCCUGGAAUGGAAGCUGUGUUCGAUGUAUGUUACGCCGAGUUUGUGGGUCUCAUAUGUGAUAGCAUGCUCGACCGCUACCACACAAUGGAUGGAAUUCGAGGGUUGACCAUAGGAGCAUUCUGGCUAAGUGAUCUCAGCUGGAAGCUUUCAGGUCAUGCUGUUCGUAUUGCUACAGAACUCAACCUGCAUCAGAGCUAUUCAAAAGCUAUGAAAGGAUCAGCCGAACAUAUCGAAGGCGCAAGACUCUGGCUCCUCUUAUACGUUUGCGAUCAUCACUUCAGCAUUGCUUAUGGCAGACCACCUGUCAUUCACGCAAGCAAGAUUGUUCUCAAUCAUGUCAGACUUUUGCAGCUGCCCCAGGUGACCCAAGCCGAUGAGAGACUCCAUAGUCAAGUCGCAAUUUUCAUCAUUCUCACCGACAUCUACAAUACGUUUGGACCAGAUAUCGAAGAGCAAUUGACAGAGGAAGACUUCACUCGUGUCAAGAAUUUCAAUCAGCAUCUAGAUCAGUACCGCCUGGAUUGGCAACAGCGGCUGGCGCCUCAUCGCUAUAUUGGAUCAUAUCCUGCCAAAGGCGUUGAUCUCCAUUGCCAUUAUGCAAAACUUCAACUCAAUUCGCUAGCACUCAGAGGUCUCAGCCCGGCCAUAAUGAUCCUGUCUCCUGGUCGUUGUGAGCUUGCCAGCAUUGCCGUCUCAUCGGCUGUUAUGAUUCUCAGGUUGACGCUCGAAGAACCUGACAUCACGAACGCUAUCGUAGGGGUACCUUUAUACGUACAUACAAUGAUUACCUACGCAACCGUGUUUAUGCUCAAGGUCCACCAAAAAUGGGGCGCUCAGCUUGGUAUGGAGUUGGUCCAAAUCCAAGACUUGAUGAGCAGAGUAAUGGAGCUUCUCCGAAAUGCAAAAGCUAGUAAACGGCAUCUUGCGUAUCAUAUUGCGACUGGCGUGGGUAAGAUGCUGCAUCGAUUCACAGCUGCUCAGAGGAGUGGUGGCCUUGAGGAUUCUCGUGUAGCACAGGAGAGCAGUCUCAACUACGAAGCCCCAUCAGUAGGAAUCAACGCAGCCGACUUCGAUCCCGUGGCUCCGUAUGGCGAUAUGAUCAGUUAUGACGAGUACUUCCCAUUCGGAUUCUUUGAUGUGCUCUCUGCUGCCAUUCAAGAAUGAUCGCAGGAUCUGACUGAGAAGUGGACAUCACGCGCGCCAUCGCGAAAGACAACGAGUGAGACAUCACGGUGUGAACUGGAUUGGCCGACCAUCGCGUCUUUCUACGCAGUCCUUUCUAACUCCUGUUACGCUGUCACUCGGAGCAGCUUGAAGAACUACCAUCUAUUGAUUUCAUAAUUUCCUUCAGGCUU